AUGGCUCCAUCAGCUCCCGGAACAGCCAGCAACUCGCCGGCCAAGAAGACCUCCGCCCCCGAAAAGAAAUACAAGUGCCAGUUUUGCAAUCGCGCUUUUAGCCGAAGCGAACACCGCAGUCGACAUGAGCGGUCCCAUACCAAAGAGCGACCUUUCAAGUGCUUGAAAUGCCGCAGUACCUUUGUUCGCCGAGAUCUUCUCCUGCGCCAUGACAGGACCGUUCACGCCAAGGAUGGCGGCAUCCCCCUGGUUGCAGAGGGACGCAGACGUGGUGGAGGGGUCCAAAAGUCCUCAUCAGGCCCGUCCAAGCCGUCGAUCACGAUUGAUCCGACGACGCUGGAGCAGAUGGAGGCAAGCAGCGAUGGUAUGGUCGACCUUGAAACUGCAGCCAUGUUGAUGACAGAUUUCCAACAUAAGGCUGCAGCAGCGGCGACCGGUCAAGUCUCCGAGCGCUCCGAAUCGCUCUCGCCCGGCCACGGCUCGUUCGAGCCGUAUCUGUCGGGCAAUGCCACCCUGCCUCAAAUGCCCUGGGAUACGCUCGCCUCUCCCGCGGAAACUGGCUCCACCAUGCCGACGCUCGUCGACCGCCAUGGCCCCGUCGGUGAUGUUUUGCUGUCCAACUCUCUGCCCAUGUCUGGAAACUCCACCCCCAACGCGCUGUCCCCCUACCCUUCCAUGACGGGUCCGGUAAGCCCGGUCAACUACCGUCGCUCUCCAGGCCCCAGCCAGGCAUUGACCCUUCCCAAAGCCCCUCAGAUCUCUGAUGACAUGGAACGCAAUCUGGUGGUGGAGCGGGUCCAGAGCGCCGACGCUCUGGGUGCCCUCCCAGAGACCUUCCAGCUGCCGGCUACUGCCGCGCUGAACCGGUAUUUGUCCACGUACUUUAAUCUCUACCACCCUCACUUGCCUUUCCUUCACCAAGAGUCUUUCCAGCCUGCUUCGGUUUCGGCGCCCCUCUUGCUGGCGGUGCUCUCGAUCGGUGCUCUGUAUACCUUUGAGCGCGAGCAUGCUUUCAUGCUUCACGUUGGAUCUAAGGUUCUGGUCAACCAGUUCCUGCAGCACAAGGAGAACUUUGACUCGCGCAAGUGCCCCUUGUCCUUGAUGCAGAGCACUCUGUUGAACAUGGUGUUCGAGAGCUGGAGUGGAGACCCCAAAGGACUCGAGUGGACUUGUUCGAUCAAGAGUCUACUGGCCAACAUGGUUGCUGGCAACCGCUACCAGUUGAAGGUGCGCACUGAGGCUCGCCAGGGCAUUAAGCCUUCUCGCGAGGAGUGGAUCGAGGAUGAAUCGUGUCGCCGCACAUACUUUGCCGUGUACAUCUUCUUUGGCAUGUUGACGCUCACGUUCAACCACACUCCUGCCAUGAGCUUUGACGAGUUCGACAACCUGGAGCUUCCCUCGUCGGAAUCCCUGUGGAACCUCGAUGCUGCCGACGAUGACACUUGGCGUCGCAGUGCUGCUUCGAGCACCCUCACCGUUCGUGAGGCCCACGACUUCUUGUUCCAGGGCGAGCAGACCCGCUACAGCGCCUUCGCGACCCGUGUCCUCAUCAAUGCUCUGUUCCUGCAGGUGUGGAACCACAAGCGCAGCUUCGAGGCUCUCCAGGACGUGGUCACUGAAUACAAGUUGCGUCUGGCCCUGGAGACCUGGGAGAGCUCUCUCUGGAGCACUCCCCAGAAAGGUCACCCGUUGAUCUUCAACUCGAUGGCGGUGUACCGCAACACCCGUGCCCGCCUCGAAGUGGAUCUCAAGUCAAUCCAGGAAGCGAUGCGCUACCACUCUUCGUAUGAGGUGGCUGCUGCCAUGACCGUUGCGCGUGAGAAGGUCAAGCGCUCGCAGGAAAUGAACAAGGUGGUGCAGCAAUGCUUCGAGUGCAUUGAGAUUGCCGCCAUCCAAGGCAUCAACUGGGUGGCCAAGACUUCUGCUACCAACUGGAGUGUUGAGCAUCCCCUUUGCGGCCUGGACCUGAUGGUCAUCCUCAGUCUCUGGCUCUACCGCCUGGAACAUGACGACGAGCCAGCGACUGAGGCUGAACUGGCCAUCUACAACAAGGUGCGGAACCUGUUUGAUGACGACGCCAUCGAUGCAUUUGGAAAACUUAGCUCCACCGUGGCCCGUGUAUGGGGUAACAUCCUGGACGGCGUGGUUGUUUGGGGAAUCACCAAGUUGAUGGGCGAGUCGUUCAAGCUGCACUCGCAGGCCCUGGUCGGCUACGAAGACUCCUUGCGAGUGGCCAAGGACCAGCCGAUCCAUGCGGUGCCCACCAAGACUCUUGCCAGCGUGGGCACUGCCUACUAA